UUAAGAACUUUUGUGGACUGGCCAGCGAAUGCUCCGAUCGAUUCAGCACGAAUAGCAAAAGCCGGAUUUUAUUAUACCGGACAUGCCCUCGAACACUUGUAAUGUCCCCCUGAUACCAGUAUCUAUUAAUACUCCUGAAACGGGAUCGUCGUCAACGGAAAUUUCACAGGACAAUAAUAUACUUGAAUGUCAGUCCUCGAGAUCUUGCCUAGAUACAGAACAAGAUUAUAGAGUUAUAUCUCACAGAUUACAAACCUUCACCAAUUGGCCAAUUUCUUCCAUUGUAUCACCUGAAAAACUCGCCAAAGCUGGAUUUUAUUAUCUUCAACAAGAGGACAAAGUGCAAUGUGUAUAUUGUAGUGGUAUUUUGCAAAAAUGGGCUCCCGGUGAUACACCAGAAGCAGAGCAUAGAAAACAUUUUCCUAACUGUGAUUUUUACCUUCACCAAACCGAAGAUGACAAUGUAUAUCUGACUAAUGUAAAAGUGAUGCCUGGUACGACAUCGAGCUUGUCAGAAUUAGGAAUACAGAUGCACACAAUUCCUAAGAAACCAUAUUAUUCAACAUAUGAGGGAAGACUACGUAGUUUUAAUGGUUGGCCAGAAAAUCUUAAUCAAACUCCUGAAGUCUUAGCUAGCGCAGGAUUCUAUUAUUAUGGAUCAGAGGAUAGAGUUAGGUGCUUUCAUUGUGACGGUGGGUUGAGAAAGUGGGAGGCAACAGAUGAUCCAUGGACAGAACAUGCUAGAUGGUUUCCCAAAUGUGGAUUUGUAAAUCUCAUACGAGGAUCGCAAUUUAUCAAACAAUGUGUUGACAGUAGGCCACCUUUAGACGAAUCAAUACUUACAGGUGGAACAGAAAAAGAUGGAAAUGGAGAGGUAGCUGAAAUGUCAUCUAAUUCUUCGCCUAUAACUUCAUCAGAGGUCACAGAGGAAGUGUUGGAAAGAUUAUUGGAAAGUCCACCA